AUUUUCUAUCAUUUUUCUAAUGGUACAUAGUGUGCCUAGAAAUCUCCGGAUGGUCCAUAUCUUCAGACGCCCGUCUCUCUCGCUCCUCCUCGUCCUCUUGCCGGCCCAUCCGCCGGUUCCCCUCGCCUCCGUCGGCUGCUACAACGCCGGGAGGUGGGUCGGAUUUGUAGAUAGGUCUCCUUCUCUUGUUGGUUUCAGGUCCCUGUUCAUGGCUGGUGAGGCAGAGACGGCGGCCAUGAUAGGAAUAAUGUUCGUCCCUCUUAAUCUCAGCCAAGGUGGUGCCUUUUUCCGGUACUGUUGUGGAAGAGUGUGAGGAUUUGGUCGCCAGUUCUCUGGAGUUGCGUCUUGGGGUUGAACCCCUGUCCGUGGAUUCGGCCUGGCAGAGAGGUGGUGGCGACGAACCCGUCACUUGGGCUCUGCUGGGAAGUGGUAGCGGCGAUGCUUUUGGAGGGGAGUCUACUCAUCAGUUGUGUUGGUGAUAGCUCUAUUCUUGGAAAGGAUUUUGGCGACGGCUGGUGUUGGUUUGGGAUCGAGGUGGAGGGAUCCGGCAGUCUCUGGCGAGACAGUUUGUUGUUUGGUCCGGAUCCGGUGCGCGAGUAGCUCGGGGAGCGCUUCUGAGAGGGGAGUUGCCUCCAGCCAAGAUUUUCAUCGGGUUUAUAUCCAGCUCUAUGGAGUUGGUGUGUGCUGUGGUCCAUCAACGCCUUUGGGCAAGGGGCUUCUCUCGCUCCGUGUGUGCUUCUUCCUCGUAUCAGUUCCUAUCUCCGACGACUUCGGCCAUGGCAGAUGGUUCUGGUGCGAGGUGGUGGCAACGGCAUUGAAGCUAGAUCAAGACAUGUGGAGUCCCUCCGGACGGAGGGAGUAGAUGGUUUGUGCCAGCUGUAAGCUUGUAUCCUUUUCUUUUGUUUUUAUUCAAGUGUGUUCCAUGUACGAUUUCAUUGAGUAUGAAUACAAAGGAAAAUAUCCGGAUGAGCCAUGAGUCCACCUUGUCCGCCCUCUAGCUCCGCCCCCGCCGAAGUCACAUGGACCAGCUUGGCCAAUCGAUGGAUCAUGGAUGAGACGAGGCCUCUGUAGCGUUGCGUGACCCUGUGACGUCCAUUUCCGAACUUCCCAAGAGGAGCGAAGCCGGGGAAGGGGUGAUCUGAUUUUCCUGGAUCGGGCUAGUUUCGCUCACAUCUUGUACUGACUACAUGGCAAUUCUAUCUUGCUUAUAUUGAGUGCCAAUUUCCCUGCUUAUGUUCAACCGGAAAAAAGAAAGAAAUCAUAUCGCUGACUAAAACGAAUUUUUAGUACACGUGACAACAGCUGUCGAGACCAAGCAGCCCAUGUAGAAAAGAAUCCACACUGGGCAUUCCAUAUUUCCAUUCCGUUCGUCUCAGUCUCAGCCCACAGCAGAACAACAGAAAAAAGAGAUCCACGGGCAAACAACAACUCAACAGGGCACCCCGCUUGCCUCACUAGCGCAAUCUCCAUGGCCGCCCGCCUUCUACGAGCGUCGGCGGUAGCCGCAGCCGCCACCGUCGCCUUGGUGGCCAUCCUGGCGAGCCCAGCGGCGGCGCAGGGCGCGCCGGCCGCGUCCCCGGUGCCGGCGGCGUACAAGAACCACACGGUCGGAGGCGCCGCCGGGUGGUUCUUCAACGCGACCAGCAACUCGACGUCCGGCAACUACUCGUCCUGGGCUGCCGCCGAGACUUUCUUCCUCGGCGACUACCUCAUAUUCAAGACGAACGACAACUCGUCGGUGGUGCUGACCCCGAACUCCACCACCUACGAGCUCUGCGACGCCAGCGAGGACGACGGGCUGGAGACCUACAUCUACGGCGGCGGCAGCGGCGGCGGGGGCGGGCCCGAGCCGACGGAGGCCAUCGCCGUGCCGCUCAUCUACGAGGGCGCCAACUACUUCUUCUCCGAGGCCGACGGCGGCGCGCAGUGCCAGCAGGGGAUGCGCUUCCAGAUCAAGGUCGCCCACGGCCGCGGCCUGCCGCCCGCGCUCGCGCACCCGCCGCCGCCGCCGUCCAAGGGGCGCGUCCUCGCGCCGCCGCCCGCGGGGUCCGCCUUCUCGCAGGGCGUCGUCGGCGCCGGUGCGGGAGCCGCGACCAGCGGUGACUACACGGAUGGCAAGAAUAACGGCGCCGGAUGCAGAGCGGGUGGCCGUGGGUUCUUCGGGGUAGCUGCUAUCGCGGUUGGUUUGGCAUUUUUCGUUGCUGCCUGAUGAGUUAGCGGGGUCUCGCUGUCAGUGAAGUGGGUGCGACUUCUCUUUAGUAGUGCUGCUUGUUCGUGUUGAAUUUUUGAAGGCGGCGUAUCCGGUGAAAACUUUCAUUCAGUGCAAACCGUGCAAACUUCAUAAAAGUCAUGUUUAAAAGUUUAUUUUUUUUACAAAAAUACCAUAUGUUCGGAGUGUGAUGUUC